CCAGUCCAGUCCAGUGUAUCCUACACUGUUUCAUCAACCUUUAUUUCUAUGUAUAGUAUCUUUUUUUUUUCUCAUGGCAGAUCCGUCAUCACAGAUAGGGUUGCUCCGCUCCUUAUUCCUCUGCUUCGUUUUAGUCUCUAAGCUUUACCAGUCAGCUUCUGUGGUGGUGGUCUUCAAUGGAGUUUCAGAGUGGAAAAACUCAACUGUUCUACUUGUUGGAGACACCAUCAUUUUCCGGCACCACAAUGUCUUCUUUUUCAAGAACCAGAGAGCUUUCAAUGCCUGCAAUUUCACUCUGGCCGCUCUUCUCCCCAAAUCUAACUCCAAAAAUUAUACUGCUUGGCACGCGGUGCGCAAGGGAUUCUACUACUUCUCAUUUUCCGACGGGUCUAAUAACAGCACGGCGUGCUUAAAAGGCCAGAAGCUAGCAAUUGAAGUAACUCCGUCGCCGCCGGAAAGUCCUGCACCCUCACCCGGUGGAUCUCCGCCGUUUCAUUCUGGCGUCGGAAUAGCGCCCACGUCUCCGUGGGCUCGAGAGAAGGCGGGUUCCCCUGCAUCGGCUCCGGUUGGUGCGGCUAAAAAUGAUGGCCCGGUCAUGGCCCCGGAGGAAGGCGGCGGCCAGACACCGUUCAUCAAGAGUAACCCGGCGGUGCCUCUCCCGACCGGCGAAGUGGAUUCUGCAACUAUUUGCACUUUGCCCAAUGCAGGUCACCCUCAAGAACAGGCGGCGGGGGCUUUGACCGUUCAAAGAGCUUUUGAAAAAUGCUAGGGGUACACCAAAAGUGUACCUCAUAUGUCCCCCACCCCUCUUUGUCCACUAAAAAAGGCAAAAAAAUUUAAAAAAAAUAAGUAAAUAAAAAUCAAAUAAAAAUAUAUGAUGGAGAAGAGGUGGUGUACAUUUGGGGUACACCUUUUGGUGAAAGGUGUACCCCUAGCAUUGCUCAGAGCUUUUUUCUCUGCAAUU